GGGAAGUAACAGAGGGUGUGGUCAACGAACCGUUAGCUAUUACACAUAGACUGCUAUACUUCCUGCUCUGAACCUGACUCUCAGUCUAUCAGCAUCAUCAAAAUGAAGACACUCUGGGGAGGAGCUGUACUUUUUGUGGCACUCUUCUACAGAGGCUGUGGAGCUGAAAAUGCAACGGUUCUUCCUAAAGCCCAGCCGACCACCACAGAGUCUUUAACCACCGCUGAACCCCCAGAAACCAGCACAGAUGAGUUGACGACUUUCUGGACAACAGAAGACUAUGUCCUUGAAGAUGACGAAAUAGCUAAAACUGAGGCUGAGACUAAAAUUGAGCCUAAAACUGAACCUAAAACUGAGACUCAAAAUGAGACUAAAACACAAGCGUCAUCCACAAGCAGCCCAGUGAAAUCAACCAAGUCCAAGCAAGCACGGAGAGUCACUCAGGACGAGCCAUACGAUAAGAAAUGGGAUGAGCCGUUUCACUAUGAUUACUCAUCUCUGAGGAACGUGGGUCUGAGCAUUGCCGCUGUUCUCUUCGUGUUGGGCAUCAUGGUGAUUUCUUGUGGAAGAAUGAGACGGAUACCUCGCUGUAAAAGGGCCAAAGGGAGGUCGUAUGAGGUGACCAGAAUGUAACAUCUACAACCAGCAGGAGAGCAGUGACUUCCAGCUCCAUCCAGUUAGACCAGUUCCCACGGCAGUGUGUGUGUGUGUGUGUGUGUGUGUGUUUGUAUAGGAGAUAUUCAUCUGUUUGUGAGAAUUGCAUCAUGUAGAUGUUAUUGAAGGCUGUACAGAUGCUGUGUUUGUUUUCAUGCCUUUUUGUCACAAGAUCUCAUGUUUCUAAUCUAAUUUACAAUGUAAAGUUGCAGCAAAUUCUCUAAAACUUUAUUCUACUGCAGCUUGUUCCAACCCUGCAAUCUGAUUGGCCGAGAGGCGCUCUAUAAGUACCGUUAUCAGCCGGUAAUGCACUGUAAACUAACCGACGCUCUCCAUGUACUGAUUACUCCGCCACAUACCUUAUAUAGGUAACCUAGCAACAAUGCAGCGCUUACAAACCAAACAAGCUGCAAAUUCUCAUCUCCAUAAAAGUUGUCUGCUUUGUUGAUUUCCUUUAAAUGAAAUGUAAAUUUUACUGAUGAUCAGUGAUGGUUUGGAUAAAGAGUCAUGUCUGUCAUCUGCUGCUGUUGAUCCACUGUGUUUUAUUAUCAAGUCUAAAGUCAGUGCAGUUUUGUUUUCCCACAAAAUCUUACAGCACUUCAUAUCUUACAGCUUCCCUCUGCUGAUAACAACUUUUAUGGAGAUGCAGAUUUCAUUUUCCAGCAGGACUUGGCACACUGCCCACACUGACAAAAGUACCAAUUGUUCUUAUAUAUAUAAUAUAUAAUAUUCAGAUUUUCUGAGACACUGAUUUUUGGGUUUUCAUUGGCUGUAAGCUUCAUAAUCAUCAACAAUAAAAUAAAUAAACACUUAAAAUAGA